GCGGAAAAGGUUCCCACCGAUGGAGUCGAGCGCUGGUCGUCGGCGCAGGAGCGCGGCGGCCAUUUUGUUGGAGCCCUGGAUUUCGACGAAAGGGGGAAAAAAAGCGUCCGGCCCUCUCCUCCUUCCCGGAUAAGCGUGCAGGGGGAUUCCUGGGGGCCCUAAAGCAGGAAAAAGGCCUCCAGUUACCGCCGAGGGGCCGAGCGGACUCCCAUACAGGGACCCCUCCUUUGAAAAUGGAGAAGGGCAAAAUGGAGAAGGGCAAGAGUGAGAUGUCGGAGAGGAUAAUAAACAUCACCCUGGAGAUCAUCUACCUGCUAACCGGAGAGGAUUGCAUAGUUGUGAAGAAGUCAUCUGGUGACUGUGUGGCUGCCAGCAGCCACGCCUUAGGGUCGGCAGGAACCAGCCAUGCCCAUAUCACCAGCAAGCUUCUCGGGCCCUUUCAGAAGAGAAAAAACAACUACCAAAUUUUGAAGCUCGCCAACAAGAUCAUCGAGCUGCUGACAGGAGAGGAGUUGGAAUGUGUGGAUGAUGACAAAGAUGAAGUCAUGGAAGUCCAUGAGCCCCUUUCAUCACCAGAUGGAUCCAGUAACAGAAAUACACCAGAGAGAUGUCCCGUAUCUCCUGACCCCGCAGACGAUGAUCAGGAUUACGAGGACGACAUGGAAUGCAUCGACCUGACUCUUCCAAAAAAGGGAAACCAGGAGAAGAGUCAUGUGAUCGAGGAAAGGGAUGAGAUGACCGAGAGGUUAUUGAACCUCAGCCUGGAGAUCAUCUACCUGCUGACCGGAGAGGAUUGUAUAGUUUUGAGGAAGACCUCAGGAGAGCUUCUGACCUCCAGAAACCGCAGCCAGACUUCGAGUGCAUGGAGCAGGAGCCAGAGCCCAGACACGGUGCCUUCUCCUCUCUCUCUGGUUAAUAAGAAUAAUAAGGAACAGAAGAUCUUAGAAGUCACCCACAAGAUCAUUGAGGUGCUGACUGGAGAGGUAUGGGGGUCUGACGAUGACUACAAAGAAGAGGUUAUCCAGGAUCACCACUCUGUUUCCUCGUCAGAUGGAUCCAGUAACGUAGUUUCACAAGAGGAAUCUCCCAAUCCUCAUUUUUCCCGGGACUGUAUAGACGUUCGUCAUGGUGUCACACGGUUUUAUCAGGACGAGCACGUAGGCGAUUUUAAGAUUUUUGUCAAACAAGAAAAGAAAGAAGAGCAAGGGGCGGAUGAUGAAGUCAUUCACGUGACAAUCAAAGAGGAAGAGUAUCCACCGGAUAUUGGCAUAGAUGGUCGCCGUAUCCGUCGGACCGCGGAGGGCUGUCUGAUCUUAUCUUGCGACAUGGAGAACGACGUAGUGCAGGAUUCUCCGGAAGAAGAGGACGAUGAGGAGGACGAGGAAGAGGAAGAUAACCCAGUCACCAUAGACGUACAACCGGAGGACUGCACAGAGAAAGCCCUUGAUCUAUCCAACACUGGGGGAUCCUCCCCUGAAAUCAUUACACACACGGUGGGAAACAUAGUCCUGAAUCCCAAUUUCGACGGGUUUUACGUCGAAAAGCCUAAACCCAGACAGAAGAGGACACCACAGCCCAAGCCCCCACCCCAACCCAAAGUCCGCCGACGGAAGACUCCCGUGGACGAGAAGCGAUUCCAGUGCUGCGAGUGUGGCAAGUUCUUCCCACACAAAUCCUAUUUGAUCAAGCACGAGCGUUCUCACACGGGCGAGAAGCCUUUCAUCUGCUCCGAGUGCGGCAAAUGCUUUACGGACAACUCUGGCCUGAUGAAGCACGUCAGGAUCCAUUUGACCGAAAGGCCGUACCAGUGCUGUUCGUGCGGGAAGGGCUUCACGUACAAGGCCGAUCUCAUUAAACACGAGAGGAUCCACACCGGAGAGAAACCAUUCCCGUGCUCCAAAUGCGGCAAAUGCUUCACAGACAAAUCGGGCCGCGCCAAGCACGAGAGAAUCCACUCUGGCGAGAAGCCCUUUCCCUGCCCCAUUUGCGGCAAGUGCUUUUCCCGGAAGUCGCACAUGGCCAAGCAUCAGAUCAUCCACACGGGCGAAAAGCCGUUCCUGUGCCAGGAGUGCGGGCGGUGCUUCGGGCGCAAGUCCCACCUCACCAACCACCAGAUCCUUCACCGGGGGGAGAAGCCGUACAUGUGCCCCGAAUGCGGCAAGUGUUUCGCCCAGAGGCCGGGCCUCAUCAUCCACCGCAAAAUUCACAAGCCAAAAGUUGUCCCCCCUGUCAGUUGAGGCCAAGGACAGUAGGGGGGGAUGGGGGGGUGGACGGGGUUGUGCUUUUAGCGAUACCGAGCGGUAGAACACAUAGAAAUCAUGCUCUGUACUAACGCAAUAUCACAUUUAUCAACCUUUCACAUCAACAACGACCGAACGGCGCUGUCAUAAUCGGUCCGGAGAAAAAUAAAAAUCAUCCAUUCGCAAGACCCGUGCGUAGUUAUACUGUAUAGGCCUUCAGCAUCCUUUUUUCUAAUAAUCGUAAAAAAAAAACACCAUUCAAUGCCAAUCAAAUCCAAAUUAUAAUUUUUUUAAAUGGGGGAUUUUCAUCUUUUUUUUUUUUUUUUUUUUUUUUGAAUGGAGUUCCAUAAAUCACAAAAUAUAUGGUUGAUUUUGAGCAGAAUCUUUCAAGUGCAAUUUUUUUUUUUUU